AUGGCGCAGGAACACCGCCACCGCGACCGCGACAUCGAGGCGGAGAUAGAGCGGAUCAAGAACCUGCCGGAAGAGGAGAAGCGGAAGCUGGACGAGCGCGCGCGCAACGGGGAGGUCGUGGUGCCCGGGGGAACCGGCGGGAAGUCGCUCGAGGCCCAGCUCCACCUCGCCGAAGGCCGCCACAAGGGCGGCAUCCACCGCCGUGAGGAGCUGGGGCACGAGGGGUACCACGAGAUGGGGAAGAAGGGCGGCCUGGCGCGGUCGGGGGAGGACCCCGAGCAGAGGGCCCAGGAGGAGGGCAUUCACAUCGACGAGUCCAAGUUCCGGAAGUCGUGAUCCUAGGAUGGUCUGCGUCGGUGUGAGCUGUAGAUUGAGGCACUAGAAACGAAGGCACCAGUCAAGCAGAGCGCAAUUCGUGAUUUGCUAACGGGUCUGCAGCCGUGAAGGAUCAAUGAUAGGUGUUAAUUAGUCGAGGAAGGGCCAGAUCCUGCAAGUUUACAGGAAAUGCGGGUCUUAGUCUGCUUUUGUGAGGCCUGGAUUUCUGGGCGCUAGAAGAGGGAAAAGGUUUGUUUGGGCAGAGAGCCCUCGCGUCCGGCUGCUCAAGUGCUCUGUAAAGUCUGCAGCGGUGAUAGAUCGUCAGAGUCGGACGGAUUCGUCGUAAAGUCUCGAUGUGGAGCGGAUGGGAUGUAGAUGUUAUGCAUUAACCUUUGGUUUUGGUUUCAUUGAACAGCACAGUGGUCUCGUUCGACUUCAGCCCACAUGAAGCGGAUUCGUGACUGCCAGAUAAAGUUCUUAAUCAAUGCAAACAGAAUGC